AAAUAAAUCGCCAUUUACGCGUGCGCAUCGACCAUGUGGUGGACGCGAGUCUGGGCCUGCGAGAAACACGUUCUAACCUGUUCCAAUAAGUUCCAAUGCCGUGCGGAACGUAGCGGCGUAGGGGACACGUGUCUCCGUCGGCUGUAUCUUUUUUACAGUAUUUUACAUCGAAGGCGAGUUUUGUGAUAUUAAUAAUAACGAGACAGAGUGCUGAAUGGUGACCAUGGAAUCGGAAACGGACAACAGUAUUAUUUACAACGCCGAUAUGUUCUUCUACGCGACCAUGUGUCACGUUUGCAAGCGGUUCGGCGACGGCGUCCGUCUGAGGAGAUGCAGCGGCUGCAGAAUGAUCGCCUACUGCGGUCGGCAGCACCAGAAGCGCCACUGGACGCGGCACAGGUCUUUGUGCAACGCCAUACAGGACGUGCUGCGGGACUACAGCAUGGACGACGUUGGCAGCCUGGCCGCGGAGGAGUGCGACGACAUGAAGAUGAACUUCAUGCUGCUGGUGUCGAUCAAGCUCGGACGUCGCCUGGAGCCGUACGAGACGGAGAUGUUCCAGUUCCCGAGGGAGUGCGGAGUCUGCCACGAGCGGAACGGCCAGUUGGAGGACUGUCGGUGUUGCGCGUCCGUGAGCUUCUGCAAAAAUCACCGGGACAGCGUGACCGGCAUCAGGCAACACAAGGACACCUGCGUCCCCCUGGAAUUGUGCCUUCGUUCGAACUUGUUCUUCAUAAGCGAGGAGAGCGAAGGUCCGCCGGAUCUGCACUACCUGCGGCACAUCUCCGAGGCGGAUAGGUUUUGCGAUAUGAAAGACUUUAUAAACACCUACGGGAACACUUCGACCGACUCGAAGAUGCGCGACGUCCUGGCGGCCAGCCACUCGCAGUACCUCACACGUCCCUUGACGUUGUUCUACGCGAUGCAAAUAUUGGACUACGUGCCGAAACGCAGUGAUCUAGUUAUUCAUAUUGUAGCCGCGAGUUACAUCGAGGAGAACACGAUGUUCUCGUGGGAAGCCCUGCUGCAUUUGACCGGGGACGCGACGACGCUGGUGAUUAUAAUGAUCGGGCCGGAAUUGAAAUGUAAAUCCAAUAGAUCCGAUUUUUUGCGCGUCUGCGACAGCUGCACGUUGCGCGAGAAGAAGGUCUCGUUGGAAUUUUACGACGUGUUGUACGAGGACUACGUGAGCUGCCCGCUGUUCGUGAAGCCGGACUUGGUCGUGGGCUUCAACGCGGGUAUUCACGAGCAGGGACUCACGUCCGCCGCGGAGACGUGGGCGCCGUCCGUGCGAAUGCUGGCGCAACAGAACUGCCCGUUCAUAACAACGUGUUACACGCAACACGAAUUGGUGGAGGAGGUGGACAGGAUAGACACCAUUCUGGAUAGGAAAGUGAAUUAUCUCUACAGCGGAAAGAAUCCGUUCGCUAGUCUGCGACCGCUCAGAAUCCCCGGGCCCGAGCAGGUGUUCUAUCAGAACCAGUAUUUACUUAUUUGCCGGAGUCUUGGUUCAUGAUUGAUACGCGUAAUUUAAACGAUCGAUACAAAGUCUAUCUAUUUUUUGUUUGUAAGUAUGCGUUUAGCGGUUUUUUUUUUUAGUGUUAGAAGAAAAUGUUGCAGCACGCGCGAAACAUGUAAUAAAAAAUACGACUGACGAGUCAUGAUUUAUUUGGCUCAUGACUGAUAUGCGAAUAAUUUAAGCGACCGAUACAAAUAGUAUGUAUUUUUUUUUUUAAGUCGCGUUUAGCAAUUUUUUUAACGUUAGAAGAAAAUGUUACAAAAUAAUCGUGAUGACAAGCUUCAACAGAACUGAUUGGAAACAUAACUCUGGAAUAUCUGUUUAUGCCGUGUAUAUAUGAUCUAAAAAUUCUAGGGACCAUUUUUACUUCUUUUUUUUUACGCAGUCGGCUGCCCUUUAUUAGACGAGCAAUGGAUUAUAAAUGUAGCCGAACAUUUGGAAUAAUAAAAAAUAAUAAUGUUACUUUUCACGAACUUUGUAACAAGGAGGAGCCCUCUCAACUGUUUUUGAUAAAAUAUAUAUCUUUGUAAUAAAAUAUAUAUAGCAAGCA